AUGAUCUUCAAAAAAAGGAACAUCAAAGACCAUGAACUCCAUCCUCGCCGCAUCGGACAACUUCGCGAGCGCAUCCAACAGCUGACCAGACACUCCACCAUACAAGGUCACGUCGAUGAGGGGCUUGUCUCCCCCUUCGUGAAAGCUCAAAACACCGUCAACAGCGAGUUCCACGUCUACAUCGCGGACGAGCGCACCAUCCUCGACCAGACACUGCUCCUGGGCGGGUUCGAGGGCCACGAGAUUCAGGCGACGGUGCGGGUUGCGCCCGAGUACCUGGACAUCCAGGCGGUGAAUCUGGUCACCUGGAACAUGGAUGUCGUGUAG